AUGCACACCACCCUUCGCCGCACCGCGGCCACAAUAAAUAGCUCAACAAGCACCAUCCUUCCCUCCAGCCAAAUCACCUCCACCCCGUUCAAGAGCACAUCCUUUGUCUGCUCGCAAUGCCGACACGCUACUCUCCUCCGCCGUCCUAAGCGCCCCUACACCUUCACCCAGCUCAUUACGCUCUCCGACGGCAGCGCCUUCACGCACCGCACCACCUCUCCCGCGCCGGUGUACCGCUCUACACGUGAUACCCGCAACUCGCUCCUGUGGAACCCGUCUAGCAGCAAGCUUAUGAACGUGGAGGACGAUGAGGCUGGUCGACUCGCUGCUUUCCGUGCGCGUUUCGGUCGCAGCUUCGAUGCUAGUGCCCCUGCUGCGGAGGCGGAUCCUGCUCUCGCCAAGGCCCAGGAAGAGGCUGCUAAGGCGCAGGAGAAGCAAGAUCAGGAGGAUGAGGAUAACUUGUUGGACUUGAUCAGUUCAUUUGGACAGGGCGAGGCCCCGCCUCCAGAGAAGAAGAAGACAUGGAAGCACUGA